GUUAUCGAGCCACGUAGUAGAAAUCCGCCUCAACGCCUAAGCUUUGAGGAAGCUCAAGACAAGCGAGCUAUCGCAGUUAGAAGAAAACCAAAUUCUGAAGCUACAAAUGUCAACUCCCCUGAUUUGAAGACAGCCAAAAUUUCGGUCAAGCCUCCAACUCGCAGUAUGAAUGUUGAUUUUGUGCGCCUCAAGGACUCGAGUUCUUUACAUCUUUACGAUUCUUUGCCUUUGAAAAGGGCUAUGCUGAAUGAUGAUGAGGAAUUCAGGUGGGUUGGUCGACCCAUUGCUGAAUUCAAAAAAGGAAAAUGCUACCGAGGAAUAAUAUGGGAUGAUACGUAUUUCGAGGAAGGAUGCUACGUCCAUUUAUAUGCAGGUGGUGGUGAAUCUUAUAUUGCAAGAGCAGAAAAGCUUUGGGAGAGAAAUGAUGACAAAAUGCCGAUGGUGACAUGUCGAUGGUUCUACCGACCAUCAGACUUGCCUGCUUCAUUGCGAGAAAAGUGGGCAAUGGGAUUGAACAAAGGUGCCAAUAAGAAGCAGAAGUCCUUUCCUGAAGUAUUCAUUUCGAAUACUAUUGAUGAAAAUCCAAUUGCGUCUGUUCAAGGGCUUUGCGAGAUCCUCAUCUAUUCAGAAACGGAUGAAUCCAAAAGUUUCAUGCAGGAUGAUGAUGAUGAGGUUGUUUAUACGUGUUGUAAGCGUUAUGAUCCCCAAGCAAGUUUGUUGAAUCCUUUAACAGACAGAGAUUUGCGCCAUGCAAAGAGAGCUGCUGUUGCUUCGUC